AUGACCGUGAAGCAGACGCAGGACCAAGACGGACCCGCAGCCUUAACGGUAUAUUUCGCCGGACGUGCAACUGACACCGCCAUGCAACAUUCAUCACAAAUUAAAGACACCCAUGCUCCGCCGCCGGAGGCAAAUGAGAAAACGAUCGUUCUCGAUCUGAAAGAUCAUGAUUAUAAAUCCAUCUGGAACAGGUUGAAGGCCGCCACGGGCGCGCAGGAUGUUGCUGCGACACCAGAGGAGACAGCGGAGCUUCAGAAGUGGGAGAAGAUGCGUGCACAGUCGGAAAAAGACCGAGCACGUGUUGCGGCCAUUCGACAGGCAAAGAAGGAUCAGGAGAUGAUGCUCAAGAAGGCCAGAGGAGAAGUAGAGAUGUUGAGGCAGCUGUAA